UGCAUUCGAGGUAAAAGGACAAGUUUAAUUAGUCGCCAAUGGCGGUGACAACUAGAAAAGUUAUUCUAGCUGCCCUAUCAUUAAUUUGUACAGUUCAGGGCCAGUACUAUGUAUCUCCAUAUGCAUCGCCAGCAACGUCACCGCUGUACUUCCAACAGUCCUGCAGCUGUCCAUCACACCCACUAGCCCUCGCCGCGCCACCAGCAGCCCCCAUCUAUGUAUCUCUCCCAACGCCUCCCCCAAUAUGUGUAACCCCACCUCCUCUACCUCCCUUACUUAUAGAAGUGCCUUUACCCCCACCGAUGACGGUAACACCUCCGCCUCUGCCGCCGUUUUGUAUUACUCCACCACCGUCACCGCUUAUGACGAUAACACCGCCUCCUUCACCUCCAUUAUGUGUCAACCCACCACCGCUACCACCGAUGUGCGUGACGCCACCGACUCCGCCAGCUCUAUACGUCAAUCCUCCAAUACCACCCCCAAUAAUGAUUGAACUUCCGGUACCUCCGCCAAUUAUGAUUGAGCUGCCGCCGAUUUUGGUUCAACCACCCCCAAUGCCUCCUCUAAUGAUCCAACCACCCCCGUUGCCACCCUUGCCAGUGCAACCGCCCCCUCUACCGCCAAUGAUGAUUCAGCCGCCAGCGCCACCACCAAUGUACAUCCAACCGCCUCCCCCGUGCCCCAUAACGAUUCAGCCACCUAGCCCCGAGCCGAUCUACGUGCAGCCACCUCCACCGUGUCCCAUCAACGUUCAACCUCCACCGCUGCCCCCUAUUUGUGUCCAGCCACCCCCUCCGCCGCCAUUAUGCAUUCAACCACCCCCGCCGGAGCCCUUCUGCCUGCAGCCGCCCCCACCGCCACCUAUUUGCUUUUCACCGACCCCCUGUUCAGCGAAUCCUCCAUGCGGCUGCGGCUUGCCUCCCACUGCGUUGGCUAAUCCGAUUUAUUUAUAAAAAAAAACCAAAAUUGUUAUUUGAUAAUUAGUUAGCUUUAUGUAAUUAUGUUAUUUA